UGUGCCUUUUGGCAGGCCGCCUUUGUCUGCAUGCAUCUCAGUCUCAAUGCAGCCUUCACUGCAAUCACUAAGUGUCUCGAUUCUGUUCAACACGUGGACCAUUUUAGGCCGGAAUGGCAGACACUUGAACAAUUGUCUCAUUGAGACUUAA